GACAGCACGAUCAUCCAAACUCACUUCUGGGAGACCCAUUCCUCCGACCUGUCUCAAGACGACUCUCUGCUGUGCUCUUCCUUCACUCGCCGCACCUCCCAGCCUACCGAUAUGGGUCGCUUAUUUCCUUGCGCCGCUGUGACUCUGCUCCUCGUCAUCGCACUUGCAGUUCUCACUCCAUCUGCCCUCGCUGCGCGUACCGGGCUUGGAAUUGGCUCCAAGAUUCUGGCUUCUCUCCGUGGGACCCUCAACACUUGUGGUGGGAGAACGGCUGACGUCAGAUCCUACAUUAACGGAGUUGCUGACAUCAGCAUUCUCAGAAGGGGCACCUCUGUGAUCCUCACAUACAAGAUCACAACGCAAGGCAUGGCCCAGCCCCCCUCCUCUCCCCCAGCCAUCGUCACACGCAACCCCUGCACCAUCCCCUCCCUCUCCUCCGCUCUCCUCGAAUCCUCAACUGAUGUGGGUGCCAAAGCGGCUGCCAACACAGCUUCGGAUAGCUCCCAAGCCAGUCUUGGAGGGUCGCCGAGCCUGAAUGUGAUUCCUGCUGGGUUUGUUUCGGAUGUGUCUGGAGCUAUUUCUGGUGUGGGGAGGGCAGCGGGGAAUGUGGCAGGCGCGGCCGGGAAGGCUGCAGGCUCGGCAGUAGGUGUGGUGGGUAAUGUUGCAGGCUCGGCAGUAGGCACUGCAGGUAAGGCAGCAGGAUCUGCGGGGAGUGUUGCAGGUUCGGCAGCAGGCGUGGUGGGCAACACCGCAGGCUCGGCAGUAGGCAUGGCAGGAAAGGUGGCAGGAUCCGCAGGGAACCUCGCAGGUUCAGCAGCAGGCUUGGCAGCCAAUCUUACAAGUUCGGCGGUUGGCACUGUAGGGAAGGCAGCAGGCUCGGCAGUAGGCUUGGUCAGCAAAGUUGCAGGCUCCACUGCUGGCACCGCAGGAGUGGUGGCAUCCUCUGCUGGGCGGCUUGCAGGCUCGGCAGCAGGCGUGGUGGGCAACGCAGCAGGCUCGGCUGCAGGCUUGGUGGGCAACGCUGCAGGUUCGGCAGUAGGCACUGCAGGAAAGUGGAAGGGUCUGCAGGGAACCUUGCAGGCUCUGCAGCAGACUCGGCAGCCAAUCUUUCAGGUUCGGCAGCUGGCACUGCAGGGAUGGCGGCAGGUUCGGCAGCAGGCUUGGUUAGCACUGUUGCAGGCUCCACUGUUGGCAGUGCAGGAAAGGUGGCAGGAUCUUCUGGGAGGCUUACAGGCUUGGCAGGAGGCUUGGUCGGCACUGCCGCAGGCUCGGCAGUUGACACUGCAGGGAAGGCAGCAGGCUCAGGAGGGAACCUUGCAGGCUCGGCAACAGGCUUGGUGGGAAAUGCUGCAGGUUUGGCCACUGGCACUGCAGGUAAUGCUGCAGAUUCAGCUGCAGGCUUGGUGGGCAAUACUGCAGGCUCAGCAAUUAGCACCGCAGGCAAAGUAGCAGGCUCAGCAGGCAAGGCAGCAGGCUCGGUCGCAAAUUUGGCUGGUUCAGUGGCAGGCUCGGUUGCUGGUUCGGUGCCUUCAGUCCUGACCCCUCUGGUGGUUCUGCCAGGUGCUUGGGUGGCUGCAGCAGCAAACGUGAACACAGGAGCCAACGCUGCUGCCACUACUACUGCUAGAGUGCUCUCUCUGGUGGGGGAGACUCGGCUCAAUGCUGCUCUCGCCUCCUCUCUCCUCGCCCGCAUCUCUUCCUCCACGCCCCUCCCUCUCUUCCUCCGCCUCAACGGCCAGCAGGACCUUGUUGCGACGCUGCUGCAGUAGGGUAUAGAGUGGUCGUGCAGAGGACUGGCUGUCUGAGGGAACAUUGGAAGGUGAAGGGAUGAUUGGCAAGGAAGGAGGGGAGGGAUGGCGGUGGUUAUGCGAUACAGAUGAUAUCGUACCACUGCCACCAUUUGUCCCCUCCCCUCUGGUCUCGGAGAAGCGAUGAUCGUUCAACGUGCCGGAUUGGACGAUGCGCUGUACUUGAUGUUGUGUACCUUGCCUUGUUUAGCUUGACGCCGAGAGAGUGCUUUGAAGGCAAGGCCUGCUGUGGACACUGUUACACGUCAUCAAGUUCAAUGCUCUGAUAUGUGUCAUUGUAACCAUCCCCUUUCCACAUUGCCUUUCCAGGGCUGACCAGAUCUUGUCCUCGAUUGCCAUUUCAAACCUAGAGGGCCACAUCCUCCGCCAGAUUGCCAUUGAGGGCCUGACUGCAGUAACUGCCACAUGCCCUUCUAUCCCUGAUCACAUCAUCUGCCAGAUUGCCAUCCCAGUCCUGACCACAUCACUUUCCAGAUUGGAAUGCCAAGGCUGACCAGAUAUUGUCCCCAACUGCCAAUUCAGUCCUGGCCAUACCUUCUAG